GCGAAAGCUGUGAGUCACUUUUGAAGGCUGGAAAUGGAGCGCAACUUGCAAGAGAGGGACACAAGCUCUCUUGUUGCGCAAGACGACAUUCACGAGUCACAAUGCCCUCACUUCCUAGCUUGGGCCCUUCAACUUCGAGAGAUCUGCAGCGCUUUCAAACGCCGCCAUUCUUUGCAGAAUUUGCAGUUCAUUAGCAGCAGACACCUUCAGCCUCAGAGGAUUCCACAUACAAAAGGUGCAGUCAGCACUUCAAACAGACAAACAGAGCAACGGCAUUCUUUGGUUCGGUAUACAACAGACGAACAACAAGGACAGGGAUCAGCUGACAACAGCAUCCCUUUGCAGAUCCACCUUUAGCGCAGAAGAUCCGAGCAUAGUUCUCAUUCUCAGAGCAUCCCAGCUCCAGAUUUGAGACAAGCAUACGCAAUGGCGUGCCAGAAGCUCCUUGUGCUCUCCCUCGCUCUCUGCGUCCUCCCGUCUCUCGUUUCCGCUGGCGUAUCCUUCAGGUCGCUCGGCAAUGCUACCAUCGCCGUGAGGGGGUCUAAGUACAACCCUCAGACAAACACCACGUCGCCACUUGUCAACCAGACGGUCAAGUAUGACGAGUUCAUCCAGGUCUCAUGGAACGCGCUCCCCACUGCCGCCAGGCUGCUGCCCGAGUUCACAUCGGUGCACGUGAAGCUGUGCUUUGGGCCCAAAAGUGCUCUCAACCGGGGGUGGAGGAAGUCGAUCGACGACAUCAAGCUUGACCGGCUGUGCAAGCACAAGAUCAUUGAUGAGCCAUGGAAGAACGGCACGACCACCGUCAACUAUCAACUCGAGAAGAACCUGCCAGGAGCAUUUUACCGCUUCCGCAUCUACGCUUUGAACGCAGCGGGUGACCCGAUUGCUUACGGUCAGACCAACACAACUUCGCUGUUCCAUUUCGAGGCGAUCACCGGACGAUCUGUGGGGCUUGACGUCGCGAUUGGGGUGCUUUCGGCGGUCUCGGGGCUUGUGUUGAUCGGGUAUUUCCUCAAGGAGCAAUCGUCCAAGAAGGCGACAAAGGGUUAAUUUCUGAAACAAAGGGUUAAUUUCUGAGCACAAAGUCGAAAAGAGUUGGGGAGUUGGGAAUUCGUACGACCAUAUUGAUUGUAGGUUGCAUGAGGGUUGCAAGCGGUGUACCCGAAACUGUAAAAUGAUUAGUGUCGGUACUAGUUAAGGCAGCGCGUAGCCUGUAAGGUUGACACACUCUCCUGUGGAAGCGUCGCCGAGAGACAUAGAGGAGUAUAGCGGUACUUCUAAGUCGAGGUGGGGAAUCCUUACCUGUCUGGCCCGUCCUGGAUUUGAGCAAAGAACGAUUUUAUCUGAGACGGACGGCAAGAUGGACCAAAGUAGUAAUGUCAAUUCUAUUGAAAACAAUUAUUGACAACAGGUCGACUCGAAGCUACGUCUUUUGCAAGCAUUCCUUCAACCUGCCGCCAAUAAUUUUCGUCGUAGAACCUUUCUCUUUGUCAAGUUCCGCAGCACCACCCCAAUUCGCGCAUUGUAUGCUGAUGGAACCUGCGCUAUGCAGUCAACACAAACUGUAGUCUUCAAUGGGAUAAAUCAAGACUGAUCUGCGAG